CUCGGCCCAUUGAUCCUACGUGCGCUUGUAUGGUUUGCAAGAACUAUACAAGGGCUUACAUUCAUUGUCUUGUUACAAAGGAUGCUAUGGGAUCUCAGCUUUUGUCAUAUCACAAUUUGUAUUACAUGAUGCAGUUUAGCAGAAAUCUACACUCAUCAAUAAUUGAGGGAAGGUUUCCAGAGUUCGUGUGCGAUUUUCUGCAGAAAAUGUUUCCUAAAGGUGAUGUCCCUGAAUGGGUCUGCAACGCCAUGGAGGUUGCUGGAAUUGAUAUCUCUUCCUGCUGUGCUCCAUUCCCUUCAUCCCAGGAUUAGAUUACAAAUAUUUACACAAGGAUUUAUUUAAGAGAACCUUACACACCCGGCUUCAAAGAAUUUAUCAUUAAAGGUAAUCUAAUUUACAGGUGACAACACUGCAGCAUAA